CCCUUGCCCCUCCCUCAGACACUCAGUCAGAAAUUCCCUUUUCCUCAACUCGCUCGGGCGGCUGCCGGCUGAAGCGGCAACAAGGAAAAGCACAUUUUCAACCGAGGAGGCGCCGCAACAGUCCUACUCGGCUGAUUAUUAAGAGUCACACUUUUACCUGUCCUUGAAACCGAACGCAACUGCAGGAUGAAUUUAGGAGGAGGAAACCAGUGCGGGCGGUGUGAGAAGACCGUUUACUUUGCAGAGGAGGUACUCUGCGACAGUCGGCGCUUCCACAAGUCCUGCUUUGCGUGCUUGGUGUGUGGGAAGGGCUUGGACAGUACAACUGUUGCCGUACAUCUGGAGGAACUCUACUGCAAGGCAUGUUACAACAAGAAGUACGGGCCGAAGGGUUACGGUUAUGGUGUCGGAGCAGGCACCCUUACCAUGGACAAGGGAGAGGGUCAGGGUAUCACCCACCAAGAACCCGCACCUCAUCGCCCGACCACCAACCCGAACUCAUCCAAGUUGGCUCAGAAAUUCGGAGGGUCUGAUAAGUGCCCUCGUUGCGGCAAGGCCGUCUACGCUGCGGAGAAAGUGAUCGGAGCUGGCAGUUCAUGGCACAAGACUGGCUGUUUCCGCUGCGCCACGUGCGGUAAGGGCCUUGAGUCAACCACACUUGCCGACAAGGAGGGAGAAAUCUACUGCAAAGGGUGUUAUGCGAAAAACUUUGGUCCAAAGGGGUACGGAUACGGUGGUGGGGCCGGAGCUCUGCCACUCACUCAAUAGGCGCAACCGACGAAAGAACAGCGGCAUCGGAGUGACGUCACUGCCCGCUCGACACAUAACUGUACACUAAACAGCCACAACAUUAGGUACACCUGCACUAACUACUCUAAUGAGACCGUAUGCAGGACCUCUAUUAAAAUAAUACCUCUAUGCAUGUGUUUCAGCAUGGUGCCAUCCAUUUUUCCAUCAUAGUAAAUAAAAAAAUAAAAAAAGAAUACAAAAAAUAAUGCAAGUCUUGUAUCAGAUCCCGUUCGAUUGCGCAUGUGUAUCAAAUGUUGUGGGGACUGGACCUGUGUUAUAAUAAACUGCAUUAAAUUGCAAAAUGUAUCGUUGGAUUAGCUGGCGUGAGCCCACGGCUAACCAAGGUCAUUAAACGUUCAUUAAUGAGGAUUCGAGGAACUUUGUCAUGCCAGCACACAUUUAUACAUAAAAUGGCACGAAAUUUAACCUAUUUUGUAAUAUCCUGUAAUAUCAAAUAUGGGGCGUGCAUCAAAACCUGUCACAAUAUACUCACACUAUAUAUGGAAUAUUUGGUGUUAUUGCUAAAAUAAAUAUUAAAGGUCGGGAUUGAAAA